GUAGCAGGACAAAUGAUUGCAGCUUCUGCAUUGCAAGGAGGGCCUGGAUUCCCUUGCUUGGCCCCAGCCAUUUAUACAUAUAUGGCAACAAUGUCUUUAGACAGCGUCAUAGAUGAGAUCUCUCCACUGGAUCUUCCAGAUCCAAAUUUGGCCGACACAGUAGAAAAGAUCAGUGAAAUGAAUGAUGACAGCAGCCCUGAAUUUCAAAGCCUUGUCGCAAGCCUAGGGGAAUUCAUCAUAGCUGCUGGAUAUACUCACAAAGUGACUGCAACUAACAAAGCUGACAUGGUGUUGAAAAUUUUUCUGCAUGAAAUUGUGUUAUCCAGAAAAGCAGAGUUAGAUCAACUAUCUGUCGGUCUUGGCCCUCUAAUGGAUCUUGCCAGACGGCAUCCUGACAAAAUUAGACCUCUGCUUACUGCUUCAGCAAGCACGCCAUUAACAAGUGGACUGUUCCUGAAUCUAGUGACCUAUGAGUCAACACUCUCGCCAAAUUUAAAAGACUGUUUUGUGCACUACGUCCACCAUUCAGAAAGCACAAACCUGAGGACACUGCUGCAGUUCUGCACAGGUUGCAACGAGAUUCCAGUGAUGGGAUUCCAUGAACCAUCAACAAUCACAGUGUCCAGCACAAGAUCUGUGUUUCCGAAUGCAGCAACGUGUGCUAUGAUUUUAGAGUUGCCUAGACAAGUUGACAACCAAGACGAGUUUACGGCAAAUAUGAAUGCUGUUUUAGAUAUGCAGGCAACUGGCUUUGGAGUAGUCUAGUAAAUUUGCAUUUUUGUUGCUUUCUUUGAACUGUUGUUUCCAUUGCAUGCUAGUUUAAAACAUCAGCAGAGUUAAGUUAUAACAAGAGGAUUUCACUUUGUUAAUGUAAGAUUCCAUGUUACAGUUUAAUUGUUCAAAUCAUGUUGUAGA